AUGGAUAAGACGGGGCGGGAACAGUGGGUUCAGUCGCAAUCUGCAUUUGUUGCUACGACCAUGAGUUUCGUCAGUGGCAUUGUCGGCCUCUUCACCAUCGUGCCCUUGGGCUUCAUCUCGGAUCGGUUCGGUCGCAAGUGCGGACUCCUCAUUGCGUAUACUGGCUUCGGUAUCGAGGCCAUUCUAAACGGCAAGUUGAUUUCAUAUUUAGGAGGUAGAUACACCCCAGCAACUAUUAGACUCUGUUGCUUUGCGUUUUCACUCAAGAUUGUGAAUGUAGAUUGA